AUGGCUCAACUCAUCGCCAUGUUCUUCCUCGUCACCGUCACCGUCACCGUCACCGUCACCGUCACGGGCAAUAACACCACCACCUUCAGCCUUCCCACUCAAUUCUUAGCCCCUCACAACGCUAUUCGCUCAUCCCUCAAGUUACCGCCGCUCGCAUGGGAUCCGCUGCUAACGCGGUAUGCGGAGAGCUAUGUACUACGACGACAAACCGACUGCAAAUUGGUUCAUUCAGGUGGGCCAUACGGUGAGAAUAUAUUUUGGGGAUCAGGUUCGGGUUGGAGGCCAGAUCAAGCGGUGGCGGCAUGGGGAGGCGAGGGACGAUGGUACUCUGUUAAACCUAAUAUUUGUGCUGCCGGCCGAGAAUGCGGGCAUUAUACGCAGAUUAUAUGGCGAGCUACACGCCGGCUGGGAUGCGCCGUCGUUAACUGUGGAGGUGGACGAGGACAGUUCAUGGUUUGCGAGUAUGAUCCGCCGGGGAAUUACAUUGGGGAGAGACCUUAUUAA